AAAAAAGGAAAGGCCCAACCGAAGAAAUAAGACAGCGGCCCAUUACAUUAAAACCAAAAAAUCUCCAACUAUCAGCUUCCACUCUUCCCCGAGUCAAACUAAACCCUAGCUAACACCUCUCCUUCCGACCUCCGUUUUCCGACUGCCAUACCUUAAACCCUCCAGAAUUCUAGAGAGAGAAAAUGGCAGGGAACAAGAGAGAGAAAGAAGCUUCCAACAAUGGCGGCGAAACCAACGGAGAAGUUGCUAAACCUUCAACUUCUACCUUCAAGAAGGAACAACUUCUACCUUCCAUGAUUAAGAACAAAGCCAAAAGAUCUGAAAUUCACGCUAAGAUUAAACACGAGAAGAAGCUUGAUAAGCGUAAGAAGACCAAAGCUCGUGAUGCUGCUGAUAAACGCGCUCUUGAACUCGGUGAAGAGCUUCCUCCAAGGCCUAUUCCUCGUACGAUUGAGAAUACUAGGGAAGCUGAUGAGACUGUUUGCAAGCCUGAUGAUGAAGAGUUGUUUGCGGAAUUGGAUACUGAUGAAUUUAGUGCGGUUUUGAAAGGGCAGCGUGCUCAGAAUGUUAUGAUCACUACAUGCCGUUUCAACUCCACUAGAGGACCUGAGUUUAUCAAAGAAUUAGUUCAAGUGAUCCCAAAUUCCUCUUACCAUAAGAGAGGAACCUACGACUUGAAGAAGAUUGUGACUUAUGCAACUAAAAAGGAUUUCACUACUUUGAUUGUUGUCCAUACAAAUAGAAGAGAACCAGAUGCUCUCUUAAUCAUCGGCUUACCUGAUGGACCAACUGCACAUUUCAAGCUUUCGAAACUUAAAUUACGAAAAGAGAUUAAGAAUCAUGGUAAUCCGACCAGUCAUUGGCCUGAGCUAAUGCUAAAUAACUUCACAACAAGGCUUGGGUGUCGUGUUGGAAGAAUGUUACAAUCUCUCUUCCCCCAAAAACCAGAAUUUCGCGGUCGUCGGGUUGUUACCUUUCACUGUCAGCGGGAUUAUAUAUUCUUUCGCCACCAUAGGUAUGUAUUUGAAUCCAAAGAUCCAAAGAAAGUAGACUCCAAAAAGGAUCCUACUGCCGAGAAGAAGGCUUCAGAUUAUGUCAAGCCCCGUCUGCAGGAAUGUGGCCCUCGGUUUGUAUUGAAAUUGAGAAGCCUGCAGCAUGGCACAUUUGAUACUCAAGGCGGGGAAUUUGAAUGGACUCAUAAGCCGGAGAUGGACACCAGUCGGAGGAGAUUUUUCUUGUGAUUUGCCCAUUGAUUUGUGUGUCCAAAGUUUGGCUCAUAGGGUAAUUGUAAAGCCUCAAAUUUUGCUAAGUUUGCCAAUGUAUUUCAAUUUUCUAAUUAUACCUUCAUGAAUGAUAUCCUGUCAAUGAAAAAUAUGCUAUUGAUGAAAUGACAAUGAAUUUUGUUUGUUUAAA